AUGAAGGGAAAAACACCUAUGACCUUUGGAGAAAUUCCCAUGAUGGAUGAAGCUAUGGUUGCUCUAUGGACCAAACUCGGGCCUAUUGAUAAGUUGAUUGCUAGCAUGAGUAUCAGUGCAGAGGAGGAGCACAAUAAGGAGGCUGAUUUAAAAGAGGAUGCAUAUUUUCAUAGUCGUGAUAAAUCAAGAAUUGAUAUGAUCUCAAAAUCAAUAAAAACAAAAGCAUUCAAGAAACAAAAGACAACAAAAGUAUUCCAAAAGGGUGAUGAAGUUGAAAUGGCAAGUCUAGUAGAUGGCUUCAUAGGUUCUUACUACAAUGCAACUAUUGUCACUUCCGGUACCCUCCCGGGGCGUGACAAUUAUAGAGUCAAGUACAAGACUCUGUUGACUAAUGAUGAAGCCUCUCCACUAGAGGAUAUUGUAAUUGUUUCCAUGGUCUGGCCAGUUCCACCUGAUCAUCAAACUAAAAUAAUUCUAGUGAAAAAUGACUUCUGUCUAUAUGAUAUGGUUGAUGUGUUCACCAAUGAUGGCUGGUGGUUCGGUCUUAUCACUGGAAAAAUUGGAAAGAAGUGCUAUUUCUAUUUUCCUACUACUAGGGAUAACAUUGAAUAUCCUAGUGACGUGUGGAGAUUUCACCAAGAAUGGUCUAAUGGCGAGUGGAUAUAG